UCGUCCUCGUAAGAGAUAAUCAUGUUUGUAUCCCGCGAUACAAGAGCUUGUUGCACCAUCGAAGCAUGGGCUGGGAAGACCUGCUAUAUUUGAGAGGGAGUACAUAUAUCUUGUGAUGCCCUGCUUGUCCUCGAUUGUGUUGCCUUCAGCUUGCGAACAAGUCUUGAUUUUUUCAGACUCAACUCGGCAAUAAGUCAAUUCGACGAGAUGCCAGUCGCCAAUACUGAUAUCUCAGUCGUCGGGGCGCUAAACCCUGUUGAGGGUCAUGUCGUUGCCGUCCCCACACAUCAGGAAAUUGACGAGAAGCUUCGCAUCUCGGCCGACAAUCGAGAAGUCUCUAAAGAUCCGCUAGGCAUUGAGACGAAAGAGUUGUCUGAUAACGAUAGUCAUGACAAGAAUGACGAUGACGAUAUUAUUAUUGUUACCGGUGCGGAUGCAGCUGCGCACCUGUUGCCUAUGAGAGAUGAUGGGGAACCUGCUUUAAGCUUCCGUAGUAUUGUGCUAGCUACUGUGCUUUCAGGAUUUCAAGCAGUCAUGUUUCAGAUUUACUCGGUGGGUCGUGAUUGAUAUCUGCUUGGAUCAACAGAAGCUAACGUCUAAACCUAGUUCAAACCGAGCUCUCAAGGUGUUAUCCAAGGUACUUUCAUCGUUCUUAUUGCCUACUUCUUAGGUAAGGCAUGGACAAAAAUAUUUCCUCGCGGCGACAAACUUGAAGCUCGAUGGAGAGAAAGGGGUGGACAGGGUAAACCACCGAUGUAUAUUCGCAUUAUUUCAUUCUUCAACUAUGGACCAUGGAAUCUUAAGGAACAUGCUAUUUGCUCUAUCACCGCCACAUCAGCCUCAAAUGCCGCCGGAACUAUCACCGUAUUUGCGGCUCAAGAUCUCUUCUAUGGCAUUCCUCUCAGCGCUACUACCGUCAUCUUAGCAGUAAUUUCCAUCGGUCUAUUCGGAUACGGACUUUGCGGCAUGCUUCGCCCCAUCAUGGUCUGGCAUCCAGAAUCCGUAUACUGGAGUACAUUACCCACAGUGAAAACCCUACAAGGACUUCACUGGCAAGAUUUGAAACAUUCCAAGCCUCUCAGAUACUUCUGGUAUGCAUUUGGAAGCAUGUCCGCCUAUGAGUUCCUUCCGGCUUAUAUUUUCCCAUGGUUAAAUUCUGUUUCUAUUCCUUGUCUGGCUGCUAUGAAUGCUACAGGUAGUAAAGCAAGUACGCUCACCAAUAUCUUUGGUGGUGCGACGAAUAAUGAAGGCCUGGGACUCUUCUCACUGUCAUUUGAUUGGCAAUAUGUAAGUCAAAUACACCCGUGUAUUUCGUUGGAAAUGGGGGAGAAGAACUAACUGGUGCGAAUUCGUAGAUUACAUCCUUCAACACUUCCCUUCCACUCAAGACACAAGCCCAUAGUGUUGCAGGAUAUAUCGUCUGUUUCGCCGCCAUGCUCGGUAUUUACUAUACCAAUGCAUGGGAUUCAAAAGCGCAACCCUUCAUGUCAACACAACUUCGCUCCGAAAAUGGCUCGAGAUACCCCACUGCGCAAGUCUUCUCCAAUGGUAUACUAAAUGAGACGGCUUUGGAAGAAUAUGGUAACCCUAGUCUGACUGGAAGUUUUGCGUAUGCUAUGUUCAUGGCAAAUGCUGCUGUAAGUGUCUCAAUCUACCACCAUCAUUCGCAAAUCUGGGGAUGCUGAUUUUGAAAAUUUUAGAUCGGUGCUCUAAUUACUCAUUGUUUUGCAUUCUGGGGUGGGGAUGUCGUCCGAGCAUUCAAAAGUGCAAAGGCAGGAACAUACGCAGAUCCACAUCAUGCGCACAUGGCCAAACACUAUAAGGAGGCUCCAUGGUGGUGGUACAUUGGGAUCUUGAUCCUCAGCUUUGUUCUUGGUCUUGUGGUCGUUAUCAAGGAGAAUAUUACUCUCCCGGUCUGGGCGUAUGUUGUUGCAUUAUUGUUGGGAUGUUUCAUUGCUCCCUUGGUAUGUAUCCCUCGAGCGAUUUUGUGGAAUUUAAGAAUCUAACAUUAAACCAGAGUAAUCUUUUAUAUGCUCGCUAUGGAAAUGGUAUCGCCACAAAUAACUUAAGUAAGAUGUUGGCAGGUCUAAUGCUUCCUGGACGCCCUGUCGGUAACAUGUACUUUGCUGCUUGGUCGCAUAAUGUCAUCUCCAACACUAUCAAUCUUUCAAAUGACCUCAAGAUGGGCGAAUACCGUACGUAAUCAUUACCUUCCACCAUGUAUCCACGGACUAACCAAUAAAUCUAGUCAAAAUUCCUCCUCGUACCAUGUUUGUUACUCAAAUAUAUGGUACCGUACUAGGAGGUUUUAUCAAUUACGUCGUCAUGAUAUCGAUCAUCAACUCUAACCGCGAACUUCUUGCCACCGGAAAUGGUAAUAGUUCCUGGAGUGGUGCCUCAAUUCAGGCUUUCAACACUAAUGCAGCUUCCUGGGCACUCGCCAAGGAACUCUACAAAUCGGGAGCCAAAUAUUCAAUUGUACCGUUGGGUCUGGUCAUUGGCGCCGCGUUUGUCUUGGCACAUCGUAUUGUCGUAUUUGUAAGUAUCCCCAAUCUCCUUCCUGCUUUCUCCUUCCACUAACCGAGACUCUUCCAAAUAGUUCAUUCCCAAAAUCCGCGGUUUUGCCCUAAACGAAAUCAACAUGCCUCAAUUCAUUCAAUACGCUGGCUACAUUCCCUACAAUCAAUCGCAGACCUGUGUGAUUUUCAGCCAAGUAAUUGCUGGAUUCUUCACCCAAUUCUAUCUCCGCAAUUAUCGUCCGAGUAUCUUCAAGAAUUAUUCGUAUUUGAUUACCGGAGCUUGGGACGGUGCUAGUUACACCGUUUUAUUCAUAUUAUCGUUCGCUGUCUUUGGAGCUGGUGGCUUCGCCGCGCCGUUCCCACAGUGGUGGGGUAAUAACUUCAAUGGGAAUUACGACCAUUGUCCUAUUGCUGAAUAAAGUGGAGUUGGUAAUGGAGGAGGGAGGCUUUUUGUAUCGGCUAUCGAGAUGUCCUGUUCAUAUACAGGUAUGUAUGUUACAGGUGUCCCUCAAGUAGCUUUCCGCAUCCAACAGGUUUUGGGUUGUGGUAAAUGCCACAUGAGUUAUCUGAGCCUUGUAGAGAUAGAUAUUAGAUUAAUGCCAGUAUUAGACAAGAUUCUAUUGAGCAGUCUUCG